AUGACACGGGAACAGUAUAUACUAGCAACACAGCAAAACAGCCUGCCAAGAACAGAAAAUCCUCAACUUUAUCCAGUAGGGAUUUAUGGCUGGCGAAAGAGGUGCUUAUACUUCUUUGUCCUCUUGCUAUUGGUUACCAUGAUCGUUAAUUUAGCCAUGACAAUAUGGAUCCUGAAAGUAAUGAAUUUCACAGUGGAUGGAAUGGGAAAUCUCAGAGUCACCAAAAAAGGAAUUCGACUUGAAGGGAUAUCUGAAUUUCUACUUCCAUUGUACGUGAAAGAAAUCCAUUCCCGAAAGGACAGUCCACUGGUCCUACAAUCAGAUAGGAAUGUUACCAUGAAUGCAAGAAAUCAUAUGGGACACAUAACAGGACAGCUGACUGUAGGUGCUGAAAGUGUAGAAGCCCAGUGUAAAAGAUUUGAAGUUAGCUCAAGUGAAGAUGGUAGAGUGCUUUUCUCUGCCGAUGAAGAAGAGAUUGUCAUUGGAGCAGACAGACUGAAGGUCACCGGCACAGAAGGAGCUGUAUUUGAGCAUUCUGUGGAAACUCCCCAUAUCAGAGCUGAACCUUCUCAAGACCUCAAGCUUGAAUCACCUACAAGAUCUUUGAUAAUGGAAGCUCCAAAGGGAAUACAAGUGAGUGCAGCUGCAGGGGACUUGAAAGCCACUUGUAGAAAAGAGCUACAUUUGCAGUCUACAGAAGGGGAGAUAUUUUUAAAUGCAGACUCAAUCCGGUUAGGGAAUCUACCGCUGGGAUCUUUUCCCUCAUCUUCCUCACCAAGUUCAUCGGCAACAAGACAGACUAUCUAUGAGAUCUGUAUUUGUCCCAAUGGCAAACUCUACCUUUCUCCUGCAGGAGUAGGUUCCACGUGUCAGUCCAGUGGCAACAUUUGCUUGUGGAGCUGAAGACACCAGAAUCAUCCUCCUCCUCCUCCUAUUUCUCCUCCUCCUCCUUACACCAGAAUAGCCUUUUUGUUACUGUCCCUCUG